UUAGUCUCGGAUGCUUUGGAGCCCUCGUGUUCUACGACGCUUCAGUUGUGUUUCAAUCGUCAUGCCUUGUAUCUUAGUUCGCAACUCCAUGAACAUGGAUCGUGCGUACCUAAACAGAGCUGCUGCGCGCGCAUUCGAAAGGACAGAAACCUUCAUUGAUUUCGGCAGCGGUAUAAAGCCCAACACUCCAGACAUGGAUGCGAUAGUGAUGUCCAUGCAGUUGCCGCUAACUAAAAUUACGUCAGAUGAGUGGACUUCUACGUGGUCCACCAAGUGUCCACCUUCUGCAGUACUGGCCCAUCUGCAAGAUUUCGGCUUCUCGGUUGUUGCAGCAAAUACUGUUGGUGCGACCACUGUGUGGACCCUGCAAGUGUUGUUAAGGGAGAUCGUAUUUCCUGUUGAUGCAGUGAAACGACAUACGGCCGGUAAUUUACCAAUAUUAGCUUAAAUUGUUAAAUCACGUUUCUGUUAUCGAUCUGAACUCGUGAGAACGUUUAUUGUUUGCUUAACUGUUGAACUGUUCGUGUAAAAAAUUAUGCAUUUAGAUAAACAUGAUUAAACGCUACUACUUAUGUUUUAGACCAUUCACCGCAGAUCCCCGUUACCUGAAAUUGGUAACAGAUCCUUGUCCUCCCGUUUGCUAGCAAGCGCUCCGAGCCAUGCAAGUCUUCUACAACGUUUCUUGUCUCAUUCAGUCAAGUAGUCACAGUACCGGGUCUACAAAAUUACUCUUUCUUGUGGGUGUA